AUGCGUUUUAUUAUUUCCUUAUUUGCAAUUGGGGCCACGUUUGCGGUCUUGGCCACGGCAGUGCCACUUCCUCAUCAGGAUAUUGGAUUGGGACAUGAAACUCAUGGAAAGACUAUUAGUUAUUCAGUUGUAACCAAACAUGAAAGUAAACUUGAUCAUCAUAAAGGACAUCACGAUGUUUUGGAACAUAAACACAAUUACCACAAGGAAAAUCAAGGCCAUUAUGCUGACCAUAAAGGAUAUAACCAACACGAGGCACAUCAUGGAAAGGCCACCAGUUUUGCCAGUGUUACUAAAUACGACGACAAGCAUGAGCAUCAUGGUGAUGAUGGACAUGAUUAUCAUGCAGAAAGUCAUGGUCAUGGCCACCACGAAGGACAUCAUGAAAAGGCUACUAGUUUUGCUGUUGUAACCAAACACGAAAGCAAGCAUGAUGAUCAUAAUGAGCACCAUGGUAAUGAUGGUCAUAGUUAUCAUGCUGAAAGUCAUGGAUAUGACCACCAUGAAGGACAUCAUGGAAAGACUUCCAGUUAUUCUACCGUUACAAAACACGAAGCUAAGCAUGGUGAUCAUUAUGGACAUCAUUCAGAAAGUCAUGGAUAUGGUCAUAAAGCUGAACAACACGAGGAAGAUCAUGGAAAAGCUACCAGCUAUGCUACUGUUACUAAACAUGAAAGCAAACAUGAUGGUCAUUAUGAACAUCAGGGUGAUGAUGGACAUAAUUAUCAUGCUGAAGGCCAUGGAUAUGGUCAUAAGGCUGAACAACACGAGGAACACCAUGGAAAAACUACCAGCUACGCCACUGUUACUAAACACGAAAACAAGCAUGAUGGUCAUUAUGGAAACAAUUAUCAUUCCGGAAGUCAUGGUCAUGAUCACCACGUUGAAAAAGAGGAACAUAAUGGAAAAGCUACUAGCUACGCUACUGUUACUAAACACGAAACCAAGCAUGAUGACCAUUAUGGACAUCAAGGAGUUAAAGGAUAUAAAAACGAACAUAAUGAUAAUGGCGAAAGCCAUAAGGAAGGACAUGGAAAAGCUACCAGUUUUGCAGUUGUAACCAAACACGAAAGCAAACAUGAUGGUGAUUAUGGACAUCACGGAGAUGAUGGACAUAAUUAUCAUGUUGAAAGACAUGGCAAUGAUCAUCACGAAGGACGCGUUGGAAAGGCUACCAGUUAUGCUACUGUUACUAAAUACGAUGACAAGCACGAUGAUCAUUACGGACAUCAUGGUUAUCACGCCGAAGAGCACGAGGGACAUCAUGGAAAAGCUACCAGCUACCCUACUGUUACUAAUCACGAAAGCAAGCAUGAUGGUCAUAAUGAACAUCAUGGUAAUGAUGGACACAAUUAUCAUGCUGAAGGCCAUGGAUAUAGUCAUAAUGCUGUACAACAUGAGGAACACCAUGGAAAAGCUACCAGCUACACUACUGUUACUAAACACGAAAGCAAGCAUGACGGUCAUUAUGGACACCAUGAUCAUGAUAAACAUAAUUAUCAUUCAGAAAGUCAUGGACAUGGUCACCACUCUGAAAAUGAUAAUAAUCAUGGAAAAGCUAGCAGUUUUGCCAUUGUAACCAAACACGAAGACAAAUAUGAUGAUCAUUAUGGUCAUCAUGGUGAUAAAGAACAUCAUCAACAUGAUUAUUAUGUGGAAAGUCAUAAUAAACACAAGGAACAUGGAAAAGCUACCAGUUAUGCUGUUGUCACCAAACAUGAAUCCAAACACGAUGGUCAUCAUAAUCACCAUGAUUAUCAUGUAGAAAGUCAUGUCCAUGAUACCGAACACAGCAAACAGUAUGGAUACGAACAACUUGGUCAUCUUACCGAACAUCACGGACAUACUAAGCACAGUCACGAUGAUCAUCAUGAUCACUCUGUUGACUACCACAGCCAUCCUAAAUACGAAUUCGAAUAUGGUGUCAAGGAUACCAAAACAGGCGAUAUUAAAGAACAAUGGGAGUCCCGAGAUGGUGAUAAAGUGAAGGGCAGCUACUCCCUGAAAGAAGCCGAUGGCACAACUCGUAUUGUAAAAUACACCGCCGACGAGAAGAGUGGCUUUGAGGCCACCGUACAUCAAAUUGGUCAUGCCCAACACGAUCACAAGGAAUAUAGUCAUCAUGAAGGACAUAAUGAUUUCCAUGGUCAUGGGAAAGCAAGCAGUUUUGUAGUUGUUAAGGGUCACUAA